GCGCCGCCCGGCGGACGCCCGCGUGUGCUGAGUGCAGUGAGUGAUCAUGCUCGGCGGCAUGGACGGCAAGGAGUACGGCGCGCUGCACGCCGCAGCCGCCGCCGCCUCCUACGCCAUGGACUCGGGGACCUCUUUCGCCCGAGACAACCUCGACCACACACUAGAUCCGAGUGGCGGCGCCCUAGGCGGCGGCGUCGGGGGCUCGCAGCAGUAUGGAGAAGUGAACCAGCUGGGAGGAGUGUUCGUGAAUGGCCGGCCACUACCCAAUGCCGUGCGGCUACGAAUAGUGGAGCUGGCGCAGCUGGGCAUCAGGCCCUGCGACAUCAGCCGACAGCUGAGAGUAUCACACGGCUGUGUAUCGAAGAUCCUGGCGCGGUACCACGAGACGGGAUCUAUUCUACCCGGUGCCAUCGGGGGCUCAAAACCCCGCGUCACGACGCCUAAGGUGGUGUCCUACAUAAAGCAGCUGAAAGCGAAGGACCCGGGCAUCUUCGCGUGGGAGAUCCGCGACCGGCUGCUGGCGGACGGCGUGUGCGACAAGUACAACGUGCCCUCCGUGUCCUCCAUCAGCCGCAUCCUGCGCAACAAGCUGGGCGGCGCGCUGUACCCCGUGCCGCCGCUCUACCCCGUGCCCCCGCAGCGCUGCUGGCCGCUGCACCAGCCCUACGACUACUAUGUCUACCUCCAGGGCCGGCAGCACGCCGGCGGCGCGCCGCACGGGCUGCACCCGCACCAGCAGCCCGCGCCGCCGCACCACGCGCACGCGCUCUGACCCGCCGCCGCGCCCGCGCCCGCGCACCCGCACCCGCACCGCGCCACCGACCACGACCGGUGACCUACAGAACUAAUGGUGACUGGUUGGACACCCUUACCUCGCCACUGGAAACAACCAGUGACCGACAGAACGCCCAGACUGACUGGGCAUCCCUACCGCACCAACGGCCAUGACCCGUGACCGACUGAAUCAGUGGGUGAAAGUUACCGAUAAGCUCGGUGACUGACUGAGAACAAUGGUUGACCAGCUACCUGCAACCGGUAACACGACGUGGCCAGUACGAAGACACUGCCGGCCGCUACAAGUGGCGUGUUGCUGUUGGCUGCAGCGAUCAGCAGAACGGAUUCGAAGAGUUAGCCUGACAAAAUAAAGUCGGCAGCUCGACUUGAAAUCCUGUAGCAGUUCGAUAGAUUACCGUUGGUACUGUUGGUGACUGGUAUGAGCUAGAACAGAUGGCGUCUACAAUACAAGUUCGGUGCUCCUAUAAUAUUGUCUUUGAACAUUUUGCGCGAUGAAACAAAACCAGUCAAGAUUGUUGUCAUUUUACGGCAAAGUGAAGUGAAGUGUUUUGUGGUACUGACGAAUAUUGUACUCGGUGCUCGGAUUAAAUACUUUAGGCGAAUUAAAUAUGUGAUCAUAUUAUCUAUUGUGCUAUAAUAGUUAUGUUAAGAAGGGUAUACGUGUUAUGCUUAGUUUUAAAAUGUUACAUUCAAAUAAAAAGUGUUACAACGCCGAAUGAUAUUUAAAGAAUUUGUAUGUAUGUACUAUAGGUGCUAACGAUACGCCUUGGUGGAAUUCGUUUCACAUUAUUAGGUUUUUUCGAUUAGUCACAGAAGAUGUUGUUGCAUAUAUUAUUCAUAUACACAUUGGUAUAUAAUUAAUUGAAAACACAGAUAAUAUCCAAUUUCUGAGAUUCAUUGCAAAGCAGACAGGCUUCUAAAUACCAAGGACUUACAAGUUUUUAACUCAUAUUAAAACUUAUUUUUUACAGCGAGGGCUUACAGCGAUUAUUUUAGAUAGAUAAAUUAGACAAUUUAAUUUCUGGGAGACCUCGUACUUUAAGUAAACCAAUUUCUAAUUAUCAUUUCAUGGACUAAGAGCCAGAGCCGCCAGACCUUCCUCAUUUUCUCAAGGAUGAAAUUUUGGGAUAUGUAGAGUUCGUAUCGACGUUUAAUGUCUGCAUAUUACCUAGUUCGGCUCGCCAGGAAUUUUUUUGCUAUAAGGUUUUAAAAAAAAAAUAACUUUCCUUAAAUUCUCAAGGCUGACUUUUAUAUAUGUAAUAGAAAAGACUGUAAGGAUUUGAUAAUCAUCAUUUCCCGACCAUUUCCGCCGGCUGUAACUUUUGCCAGACGCUUGAAAGUCUCUCAAACUUACCCUAAUUUCGUGGUAACUUAUAUGUUUAAUUUCUUUUAUUUGCUGUUUCUGUUUUCUUACUUGUGUAUUUUGUAGUUAUCACGAAUAAAUAAUUGAUUGAUUGUUUGAUUGAUUUUUCAAGCUAUACGACUGGAACAAUCCGGAUGGUUAUCAAUCCCAAACAGUAUUUUCUAAAAUAUAUAUAUAUAUAAAUUUAGCCUUGAGAAUUUAAGGAAAGAUAGCAUUUAAAAAUAAAACCUUAUAUCAAAAAAAUUGCCGACGGGCCGAUCUAAUAGGUAAUAUGCAGACAUUAAAAGUCGAUACGAACUCUACCUACAUUAUCCCAAAGUUUCAUCCUUGAGAAAAUGAGGAAGAUCUGGCGGCUCUGGGCUUUUAAUCCAUAAGUAAAUCCAUGAAUGAUGCACGCUGUCGACGCGACGUCAAACAUGACUUUAUAUUCUGCGUCUUUUCACAAACGACGAGCAACGUGCUUUUAUUCAAUUAAUUUUUCAAAAUGCUCUUUCAGUUGUUUCAUUCUUAAUACCUAUAUGUGAGUACAAGUGCAGAUCUAAAGUAUUAUCUAGUGUAAUAUCUACUUGUUAACUUCAUGAUAUAAUAAGUUAAUGUACAAUGUCUAUCUUUACGAUAAGUAUUACCGGUAGAGUAGUACUGGCCAGUUAAGUACUGUGUGGGUCAUAUUUAGGUCCAGAGUCCAGAAUAAUCACCCUCUAUCCAAGGUUUCUAUUGUCGUUCGAAACCGGGAAGAGUGUAAAGGCUCAAAAUAAAAUUAAAAAUAUUGUACUUACAUUUCGAUCUUGUAUUUUUUAUUGUAUUUCUUCCCACAGAACAUGUAAUUUUCGUAGUUACAAAUCAUUUUAAGGCGGUGAGCAUUCUGAACCUAAAUAUCUGUAGAGACACUAAAGCGGGUGCAAUUUUUUGUUGUAAAUAUUUAAUUAAUAGUGAUAAGCUACGAAUAUCUCUUCGUUUGUAAGUCAAAGAUGGGUACUUAAAUUAGGUACAUACAUAUAUGUAUAGUUGACCAUUAAGAGUUGUGUGACUCUUAGGUAAUCCUCAGAUGUAGCUUAAGCAGAUGAGUGGUUCGAAACGAUCCAAAACAAGCUCUUAGUCGCUUAAAAAUAAAGUGGGAGU